AAAUAAACUAGGAAGGGCCGACUCCAGAGAGAGAGACGGUGAUUCCAAUCAAUGUUAAUAUUGAUAUUUGAUUGAAAUUUCGAUCAUAACUUUGUCUAUCGUUCGUUUCAUAGAAAAGUCCCAACCUAGGUUGGUAAGGGAAAGGGAAAGGGAAACAGGGAAAGGGAAAGUAGGGUAUAGAACUUUUUAGAAGAAGAAGGUAGUUACAAAUAUCAUAUAGAUACUACUACUUCAGUCUUCACAUAUGAUAUAGUUAUAUUUAUAUAGUUAUAGUUGUAGUUACAGUUGGUUGAAAGAGGAAGAGAAAGAAGAAGAAAGGGAAAAGAGGGUGUGGGUGUGGGUGUGGGUGUGGAUGAGAUGGUGAUGGAAAGGGAAGAAGAGGGCGGUCGAGUAUUUAAGGGAAGAGAAGAAUUUGGAUUGGGAUCCAAUACAUUUCAAGCUAUUCUAGCCCUCGGAAUAUGGUUGGGAGCUAUUCAUUUAAACAUAGCUAUAGUCCUCUUCACCUUCCUCGUCCUUCCUUUUUCCAAAGCUCUCUUGGUUUUGGGUUUGCUUGCUGUAUUAAUGUUCAUUCCCAUCGACGAACAAAGCAGACUUGGCCGACGUUUGUCCAGGUAUAUAUGUAAGCAUGCUUGUAGUUACUUCCCAGUGACUCUGCAUGUAGAGGAUAUUAACGCCUUCCAUCCCGAUCGCGCUUAUGUCUUCGGUUAUGAACCACAUUCAGUUUUGCCAAUUGGUGUUGUUGCGCUUGCUGACCUUACAGGUUUCAUGCCACUUCCAAAGAUAAAGGUCCUUGCCAGUAGCGCUGUCUUUUACACACCAUUUUUGAGGCACAUAUGGACAUGGUUGGGUCUUGCACCUGCAACAAAGAAAAACUUUAUCUCCCUUUUGAAAGCUGGAUAUAGUUGCAUUGUAGUGCCAGGGGGAGUGCAGGAGACAUCUCUUAUGGAGCAUGGUUCUGAGAUUGCCUUUCUUAAGACGAGAAGAGGAUUUGUUCGCAUAGCCAUGGAGAUGGGCCAUCCUCUGGUUCCAGUUUUCUGCUUUGGUCAGUCACACAUCUAUAAGUGGUGGAAGCCGGGUGGGAAGUUGUUCCUGCAAUUUUCUAGAGCUAUCAAGUUUACCCCAAUAUACUUCGGGGGAAUUUUAGGAUCUCCUGUACCAUUCAGACAUCCAAUGCAUGUGGUGGUGGGUAGACCAAUUGAGCUCAAGAAAAAUCCGCAUCCCACGAUGGAAGAGGUCAUUGAAGCUCAUAGUCAAUUCGUUAAAGCACUUCAAGAUCUCUUUGAGAAGCACAAAGCACAGAUUGGCUAUGCUGACCUUCAACUGAAAAUUCUUUGAUUAGAUCUUGAUUUGUAUACCAUAUGCUCCUCCAUUUCUAUUCAAUUAUUAUAUUUGUCAUAGUUGGGUGAACAGAAAAAUAAGGCAUGGCAGCAGUCUUUCCUGAACAUGAUCUCUAUUUAGCAAUAAAUCAAAUAUGAAUAGGCUUAAAUA